ACAAACAAACAAACAAACAAACAAACUUUGGUUGGAACCUGAACAGCUCCACAGAGUGGUCCUUGUGUAACUCUAGCUCUGGAAGGCUUUGGUUUUAUAGGCCCCUUAAAGGAGGCACACUAGGCAUGUCUACCCACGAGUAAGUUGUUGCAGCCUUGGCAUUAUUGUAAGUCAAAACAUUUCUAUAAAUGACUGCCUUCCAACAUUUUAAAGGUAAAAAUAAGGAUAUUCUGUGGUACUUCCUAUAGAUAUUUGGCUGAACAUAUUUUCACAUUUUGUUUUCCCACUUCCACUAUGCUUUAUUUAUUUAUCUUGCCCAUUAUUUAAAAGCCAAGAGCAUGUUUCUUCUUUUAGUUACAGACACAUCAAACACAUUUUCCGUAUCAUGUAAAAAAAUGUUUCAGGUUCACCUCAGCAGCUCAGUGUAUAAAAAUGUUGGACAUGCUCUCUAUAUGAUGCUUUAGGAUUUGUGUUAGCAUAUACAUGCACACACAUGCAUGUAAGGGAUAGGAUGUACUAUCUGAUUAGUCUCUAGUGAUUCUACAGAGAGAGUUGAAAUCUUAAGGCUAAUCCCUAGCAAUUCAUGCUGGAACUCCUUUUGCAAAAUCACUGUUUAAAAGUUUGCAUUUGAAAAGUCAAAAUGGCAAUGGUGAUUACCACACACAGAUAAAUGACAUGUGAAACAGUUGGACCACAAAUCCCUUCUGACUUCCACAUGUUUGGUACAUGGAAAAAGCAUGCCAGAUAUUCAGAAAUUCAAAGGCAACACAUAUUUUGCUCUAGCCAUAUAUAGCAAUAAUUUGACAGCACUAGAGUGGUAAACCUUUCCCUCCCAGCCUGCUUUCUCUCUGAAAUGUCCUUCCUAUAGAAUGUGAAUAUUGCUGAAGAGGGUCAUGGAGGAGAGGGGUUUCACGGGGUAAACCUGCUAAGAGGAAAUAUUAAAUACCUGCCUUUGCCUUGCAAAACUCUUCCAAGAACACUUACUGACAAAGAAGGAGCCCAUCCAGCCAACGUCAGAGUGUAAUGUGUAGUUCGACUCUUGUUUACAGCUGUGAAGUUACUGCAUAGAAAAUAACAACAAUGUGAAUAUGCUAAUAGCAGAAACACAUUUAGUUUACUGAUGUUUCUGGAGGGUGAGGGAGAAGGACAACUGUUAGAAUCCUCAGCUUACAUUAUUUUGAGCAUGAAUGUUAGCAGAAGCCUGAGGGCCCCACUGCAGCAGGCUGAAACAGGCGAUGUGCAGAAAACAUAUCAGACCAAAGCAGGCAUGUGGAGUAGUGGGGGUGAGAUGGGCUGGAACGAGAGACACACAGGACUGAAAGAAAACCCUGUUGAAAGCUAUGAGCUGUCAGGGCACAGAUGUCAGUUGUGUGUGAACACAAGACAUUCUGGUCUUAAAGAGGUGUGCAACAGGUAAUUCAGCAUGGAAGAAGAAAGAGAGAGAUGGAGAAGCAAGAAGAGGCUGUAAACUCCAGACCAGUAAGAAAGUAGUGUACCAUCAUAGGGAUCACAGACUGUGUAUGAUUUUACGUGUUCUAGGAGGAAAGGGUGGUGGGUGGAGCAGUUUCCAAGUUCUGUUUUCUUGAAGGAUGUUAUUCUGACCAAACUCUCUGCCACUCCUCCUCUUCAGCGCCUUCAGCCAGAGUAAGAAGGGAAGGCUUUGUCUCUGAUCUUAAAUGAUACAGUUUGCAGUCCUUUGAAGAGACGGCAGAGGGGAAAACGAACCAACAAGAAGUUUCACAGAGAACUCUACAGUGAAAAUAUGAGGACUCCUCCACAGACAUCUGAGUUCUCAGGAGGGGCUGCGAAGAGAUGUCAACGUGGAAAAAUCCUGCUCGUUUUCUCGCUGCUGCUCAGUGCUGUUGUUGGCCUUGUGCUACUCAUUGUCUUCACCACACGCCGCAUAGAAACCUGCAAUACACCAGCUUGCCUUUUGCUCCUGACAAGAUUGCAACAGGCCCACAACAAUGCCAUAGAUCCUUGUGAGGAUUUCUACAGUUACACCUGUGGCAACUGGGAAGCUAACAACACACAGGGGAUGAAUAUGCCAGCGCUCAAUAUAUUUGAUGUACUCUUGGAGGAAAACCAGCUGAUCAUGAAGAGGCUGAUAGAAGAGCCACAGCUUGGGGUUAACAGCUCAGCAAAGGAGAAAGCUGUACGGUUUUAUACCUCUUGCAUGAAUACAGAACAAAUUGAAGCUCGAGGUUCUCAGCCUUUGAAGGAGCUCAUAAAUGAGAUUGGUGGCUGGAAUAUCACAGGCUCCUGGAAGGAGACGGAUUUUAAUGAGACACUUCAGAUCCUCAUGGAAAGAUACAACACUUUUCCUUUCUUCAAAGCCUACAUUGGGCCCAGUUCCUCUGAUCCAAGCACCAAUAUUAUCCAGAUCGACCAUCCAGAGUUUGAGUUGCCACCAGAAACACACUUCAAGACCACAAGGAAUUAUCCCCAGGUCUUGCGUUCAUACUACUUGUACCUCUUGAACCUAGGAUUACUGAUGGGAGGGAGUACAAAUGUUACCUCUACCUACAUUUCUUUGGCAUUCUCCUUUAUCUCAAAUCUCCAGAAGGCAGUUACCCCUUUGAGAAAGCGCCAGGAAAAAAGGAUGCUGUUUUAUCACACCACCAUCAGGGAACUCCAGGAAAAGGCCCCUGCUAUUGAUUGGCUGUCAUGCCUUCGGGCAGCUUUCCAUCCGGUGAAGCUGAACGUGUCUCAACAAAUUGUGGUGCACGAUAUAGAAUAUUUAAAAGGAAUGUCGCAACUGAUUGAAGAAUGGCAGAAGAGGAGAGAUGUUCUGCAGAUCUACAUGAUACUGUGCUUGGUGAGAAACCUUUCGCCAGCCCUAGACAGACGAUUCCAAGAAGCUAAUCAGAAACUGACAGACAUGAUAGAGAGCAGUACAACGGAAUCACUUACAGUUAAACCGGACCGCUGGAGAAAAUGCCUGAGUGAAACCAGCACUUUUUUUGGGCCUAUACUUGGGAAGAUGAUUGUGCAGGAGAUUUUCCCCCAGAAGGCCAAGGAUCUCGCUGAGCUGAUAUUUGCUGAGAUCCGCAAUACCAUCCAUAGCCAUCUGGAUUCUGUAGAAUGGAUGGGUUACCAAGCCCGUCAAGAGGCCAAGGAGAAAAUCUAUAGUCUCCAUGUGGAGAUUGGAUACCCAGAGAAAAUCUUCCAAACAGAUGAAGUGGAUGAUGAAUAUCAAGAGCUGGCCAUUUAUGAGGACAACUUUUUCCAUAAUGUGGUUUCUUGCCUGAAGUCUCUGAGGAAGAGGUUCUUGCUCGGACUUGUCAAUCCUCAUCUACAGGAUAACUGGGAAGUUGUUCCUUGGUCUGUACAUUCAUACUACUCCCUGAGGCGCCAUGCUGUCGUUUUCCCUGCUGGAAUGUUCCGCAGCCCUUUCUUCCACAACGAAUUUCCUAGUGCUGCAAACUUUGGAGCCAUGGGGUUUUUCAUGGCACAUGAGCUACUACACUCUUUGUAUGAUUUUGUACUGACCAAAAACUGUUCUGAUUGCGACAUUAAAGCAAUGGAACGAGGUAUAGAUUGUCUCAUGAGACAGUAUGAAAGCUAUUCCCUAGAAGGCCACAGCAUCAAUGGCUCCUUAACCUUAUUAGAGAAUGCAGCUGAUACUGGUGGACUUGCCAUUGCUUACCAGGCCUAUCAAAACUGGUUGACAAAACACAGAAGGAUGAAGGAGUUACCUUGGGAAGGGAUCUCGCACCACCAACUCUUUUUCAUCAGCUUUGCCCAUGCAAUGUGUGGGCGCCAGAGCCCUAAGAGACUGGAAACUUUCUUACACAGGGAUCCACACAGCCCCCCAAUACUCCGUGUCCUUGGGUCAUUAAGCAAUAGCCAGGAUUUCUCCAGGCAGUUCCACUGUCCAAGUAAGUCACCCUUGAACCCACCUCUGAAGUGUCACAUCUGGUAAAACAAACUGAAGAGUACACGAGACAAGUAAUGUCACAGACGAAACAAAACCAGAAACUGAAGCUAUGGGAUCUUGUGGAUUCGGUGACAUUUGCCAUGCCCAUUGCAUGCACUUUCUCGAUUAUUUCCUAUGCAGUUUUUCUUCUUUAGUCCACUAUUUCCAUCCACUGGUCAAGAUGGAAGAAGAUGCCAUCCAUUGACGAAGAAGGAAAAGCACACAGAGAAGAUACUACACUGUAGAAGUGUUCUACUAUUUUUUUUAACCUCCUACCCUCAUUUAGGGAAGACUCGGAUUGGGGAAGCGAUCAUUUGAAAAUCUUUCGUGACUGUGUCCAAUGAUUGUGUUCCACUCAAAUACAAAAAUGACAACUUUCUGACUAUUGUGACAGUACGGGAGGAUGAGGCACUAAGACUCAAUAUAUGCCAAAGGAUGGUCUACACUGAUUGUAGUUUAGAACUAAACCAUAAUCUCAUUCUCAUAGAGGUGGUAAAUCAGAUUCUGGGCUAUAUCAUUUAAUAAUGUAGGUGUGUGUGUGUGGGUCAACUGAAUUCUUUCCUAUAUAUUAAACAAAUUAAAACACUCGGCAGCUGGGAGAAGAGAUAUAUCUUUGCCCUCUCCCUUAAAUUCUAAUUUUCUAGGUUUAUGGAUGUUGUUUCUUUUUGUCCUUCGGGGGAAGAGUAUUCUGUCUUGUUAACCUCCAUUUGAAGUUUACAGUGAUACACUGGUUAUCUCAGUGAGAAUUAAGCCAAUGUUCAAAGGUUUAAACCAUAGUUUAGUUUUGUGAGUCUGCUUUGCUUUUCUGACAUCUCAACUUUUUAAGGUUCUCUUCCAUCUGAAGACAAAGCAAAGGCCAUACUUACACUUAAAAAAUUAUACCCCAGAUCAAACUCUAGUUUGCACAUAACAUUGUUCAGAUCGUGGCUUCUGAUUCUAGUUUAUUGAUAGAUUGCACACCAUGGUUUAUAAGUUCAGACUUCACAACAAACCAUAAUUAAGUUAUGACAUGAUAUGAUAUUUGAAUUGGGCCCAAGUUGAUGGACAUGGCUUAUUCAAUGUGUUUUUAAUUUCGCAUGUUAUACAUGUGAGGAAAUACGGAGAUCUAGACUGAUGCCCACCCUUCACAGAGACAGAGAUUUU